GAAUGUACUGAGUGUAUGUACCGUUGGCGUGAAUAGAAGUUUGUGUUGCGUACCAGUAGAGUUCUGCUUCCUCAUUCGGGGCUUUGGUCGUGCUUGUUCAAGACCCUGCGUGUAGGGGACUAGUGUACGUGUAGACACAACAGUGGCGUCUGGGCUGUGGACCAUUACAAUGGCAUUUCACCUUCUACCUCCAGAAGCCUUUUGGUGCGAUCCUGCUACUAGACCUACGGAGAGUGAUUGGAUCCAAUGGAGUACGUCUUUCACGAAUUACUUAGACCUACUCCCAGCAACUACUACUUACGAUGAGAAGCAUAAACUGAAACUACUUCAUCACCUGUUGGAAAAUGAAGGUCAACGUUAUUUCGAUGCGUUAGAUCCGCAGAAAUUCGAUACACUUACAAAGGCAUUGGAUGUACUCGAUCAGUCAUGGGGUGCACGGCCAAACAUUUUCGCUGAACGCUACAAGUUCUGCUGUUUGAGGCAAGAAGAUGCAGAGCCACUGGAACAAUUUGUCGCUCGUUUAAUUCGGUCUGUAAAAACCUGUGACUACACUAGCAUCCCGAAGAAUAAACUUGAGAGUGUUAUGCUGACGCAGCAGUUGAUAACCGAUAUAAAGGAUAAUCGUAUACGCGAAAAGCUACUUUCCGAAGAUCCUUCAAAACUUACCUGGGAGAGAGCCAUAGAGAUGGCAAGACUAAUAAAAGCCGCCGUUGAACAUUCGAGCCUAUUCAAGUCGAGUGAUAUACUAGAAGUCAGUAAGAUUCAGCACAAGGGUUCCAGUCAACCUCAGAAUUCGACUGUUUCGUGCUAUAGAUGUGGGAGUUCUCGCCACAAAGCUGACUGUCAAACAUGUACGGCUCGUACAGCUGAGUGUAAAAGCUGUGGUAAACUGGGCCACUUCGCCAGAUGCUGCCGCUCGCGUCGAGUCGCGUUAAUAGACCAACAAAAUGAUGUUUCCACCUCACCGACUACACCGAAUGUUUUCUCUAUCAGAAGACGAUUACAACCAGAAACACGACGAAUUGCUUCGCUGGAACCCAAGCUCCCUGCUCCUGACAUACGUACCGUUACACUCCAUGGGCUUAACACUUCUGUACCAGUGACUAUGGAGCUAGACUCGGCAUCGCCGAUAACAAUUAUCCCGUCCAGCAUUUACGACAAUUACCUGAAAGACAUUCCAUUACAUCCUACGUCGUAUAAAUUCGAAUCGUACACAAAUUCACGUGUGCAAAUUCGGGGAUAUAUAAUGACGAAACUCAGUUUACUCUCAGUCGCAUCUGAUGUUGCUGUGUAUGUUGCCUCCGAAGACAGUCCAGCCUUUCUGAGGCGAAAUGCUAUGGUUGCCCUCAACAUAACACCAUCUAUCGAGCGAAUGCGCAUCAUGACACUCAAAACAUCAGUACUUAAAAGCUUAUAUCCCAAAUUAUUUACUAAGUCGAUUGGCCGGAUUCCAUCUGCUGCUCAUCGAAUAUGCCUUAAAAAGGACGCUAAACCGUUUUCGAUUUCGCAGCCACGUCCUAUUCCAUUGGCCAAACGUACGAUGGCAGAAAAGGCCAUACAAGAGAUGAUUUCCAACGAUUUGAUACAGUCAGUUAACUGUUCCGAAUGGGUGCAUCCCAUGGUCACGGUGUUAAAGAAGGACGAUACUAUGCGCAUAUGCAACGACUUGAAAGUGUUGAAAACUAAGAUCGUCGUCGAAAAAUUCGUUCUUCCCACAGUUGACGAGUUGUUGGUCAAGAUAACUGGCGCGCGAUUUUUCUCAGAACUAGACCUGAGGAAGGCCUUUUUCCACAUGCCAUUGACACCAGAAUCCAGACCACUUAUGGCUUUUCUGACAUCGAGUGGUUUAUUCGAGUACAAAGUCUUGCCGAUGGGACUUAGCUCCGCUCCAGCAGCUUGGCAGAAGUUUAUGAAUCACUCACUAGCAGAUCUACCGAAACAAAUCACUUACAUGGAUGAUAUAUGCGUUUUCGGGAAAUCAAGAGAUGAGCACGACUCAAGGCUGCGCGCUGUGUUGUAGCGAUUGGAGAGCCUAGAUCUUCGGCUAAACCUGGAAAAGUGUAUAUUUUGUGCUACGGAUGUCGAGUUUCUUGGGUACGUCUUAUCAGCUGGUGGAAUUAGGCCAUGCGCAGCUAAUACUCGAGCUAUCACGGAAGCCCUUGUACCGAAGAAUACAUCAGAGGUUAAGCACUUUCUUGGUUUAUGCUCGUACAACUUGCGCUAUUUGCCCGAUUUUGCAACUAUAGCGGAGCCAUUGAGAAUGCUGACAAAAGAAAAAGCUGCGUUCGAUUGGGGCUCUUCGCAGCAGUCGGCCUUUGAAGAAAUUAAAAGACGCCUCGUCUCCACCCCAAUGCUGGCCAUUUUCGACGAAAACUGCCCAACAUUCGUCUCAACGGAUGCGUCAAACAUCGGUUUAGGAGCGGUCUUGUCUCAAAUCCAGAACAGUGAGGAAAAAGUGAUUGCAUAUGCCUCUAAAAAGUUAUCCCCUACUGAAGUUUCAUAUUCCGCAGGUGAAAGGGAGGCCCUUGCCUGUGUAUGGGCCAGUGAAAAAUGGCACCUGUUUCUGUUUGGUCGGAGAUUUACAUUGCGCACGGAUCGUGCUGCUCUAACUACCCUCCUCAGCCGAGGAACCAAUGGUCACAGGCCACUACGGAUUAACCGCUGGUAUGCGCGGUUACUGAACUAUGAUUUUCAAAUCAUCUUCCGCCUUAGCUCUGAGAACCGUAUGGCAGAUAGCUUAUCACGUCUCCCAUUGGAUGAUUCCGACAAGAAUGAAGACGACGAAGAAAAAGUCAUGAUUUCUGCUUUACAAUCAAGUGAGCUCUCCGCGGUUACUAAACAAGAGCUUCAAGAAGCUAACCGGAGUGAUUCAGUUGUGCAAGAUGUCAUUCACUAUCUCUCUCAAGGCUGGCCUCGCUACGCGAAGUUGAGUGGUGAACUACGGGCGUUUUAUGUUUUACGACAUGAGCUAGCGGUCGUUGAUGAUUGUCUUAUGCGAGGAUCGCGAUUCGCAGCUCCACAGAAACUGACAUCAAAAAUUAUCCAAUGUGCACAUGAGGGACAUCCAGGUAUCGUACGGACGAAGCGCCGACUUCAAGAAUACUUUUGGUGGCCAAAAAUGAAUAAAAUGGCAGAGGCGUGUGUCCGGUCUUGCGAUGCAUGUCAGAAGACCGACAAGAGCUCCAAACCAAUCGAUGCCCCCAUCCAACCUGUUACUUAUCCAACGAAACCUUGGUCGAAGGUGGCGAUUGACAUCAUGGGACCGUUUCAUUCUGCGCCACAGCACCAGAGGAACUGCUUAGUUGCCACGUGCUAUUACAGUAAGUGGCCGGAAAUCCAUUUGUGUGGCGAUGUGACCACCUCAACCGUUAUACGGUGGCUGAAACAUCUGUUUGCUAGAUUUGGGUUUCCUGAGGAAAUUGUGACAGACAACGGACCACAAUUCACGAACUAUGAGUUUAAACGUUUCUUACAACUUCGUGAUGUGAAGCACGUACAUACUGUCCCGUACAACCCAGCUGCCAACGGCAUGGUUGAGCGCACUAAUCGCACGCUAAAGGAAACUAUAUAGACAGCACGUUUGUCCGGCAGGCAGUGGGAAGAUGCAGUUUUGGAGGCUCUGUUUACUCACCGAACAUCGCACCACAGAGUGACUGACCGCACGCCAGGUGAGCUGAUGUUUGGCAGGAAGUUGCGUACGAAAUUAAACGCAGCUAUUUCGGCUGCAGAAAACAACGACCCCCACCAACUGGAACGUCACCGGGGUUAUCAGUCAUCCUACGAAAAACGGGCCACAUCGCUGCGUCCUGGAACGUUGGUCAGGAUAAAGGAGAGGCAAACACGGAAAGGAGAAUCGGCACUGACGAGACCCAUCAGAAUUACUCGUGCGCUAGGGUCAGGAACUUAUGAGUUAGCAGACGGCCGACGAGUCAACGCCAGACAGCUAUAUUCAGCACUUCAACCGAAGCAGUGACCUGAAGCGAGGGCCACCGCAGUGAACCAACCGCUGAAGAGGGGGAGUAAUGUGGCAGCGCGUACGCGCGGGCCUUACCACGACCGCACUUCGUAGCUUGUGAUUGGAUGCCCGUCCGUUCGCGAUCAAUACCAAGGUUGUUUUGAAUGUACUGAGUGUAUGUACCGUUGGCGUGAAUAGAAGUUUGUGUUGCG